AUGCGAGAGUUCAAGAGCAAGGAGUUUUGGAGGGCAGUUUUGGCUGAACUGGUCGGCAUGACCCUCUUCAUAUUUCUCAGCAUCUCCACGGCUAUCGGCAACAAGAACAACACCCACCCAGACCAGGAGGUGAAGGUGUCGCUGGCCUUUGGACUUGCGAUUGCAACGCUGGCCCAGAGUUUAGGCCACAUCAGUGGAGCCCACUUAAAUCCUGCUGUGACUCUGGGGAUGCUUGCAAGCUGCCAGAUUAGUGUAUUAAAGGCAGUGAUGUACAUUGUUGCACAAAUGCUGGGCUCAGCCCUGGCCAGUGGCAUUGUGUAUGGAGCACGUCCAAAUGGCACCGACGCACUGGGACUAAACUCUCUUAACGGUGUCACCCCCAGCCAAGGCGUGGGCAUAGAGCUCCUGGCAACCUUCCAGCUCGUGCUGUGUGUCAUUGCUGUCACUGAUAAAAGGCGACGUGAUGUCACUGGCUCAGCACCCCUGGCCAUUGGCCUCUCGGUCUGCCUGGGACACUUGGCAGCUAUCAGCUACACAGGCUGCGGCAUCAAUCCAGCCCGUUCGUUUGGCCCGGCUUUGAUCCUGAGUGAUUUCACUAAUCACUGGGUAUACUGGGUGGGUCCAAUAUGCGGAGGCGUGGCUGCAGCUCUCAUUUAUGACUUCUUGCUUUCGCCCAAAUUCGAUGACUUCCCAGAGCGAAUGAAGGUUCUGCUGAGUGGGCCCGUGGGGGACUACGAUGUCAACGGAGGCAAUGAUGCAACCACCGUGGAGAUGACGUCGAAAUAGCUGCAAACACGAACCUUAAUGUACAUGUCUAUGCUCUUGUAAAAAUAUAUAAAACAGAAAAGCUCUUUAACUUAGUGUAUUUAACCAUUUUUGUGCUAUUAAUAACCAAUGAGAUUUCUUUUUUUUUAUAGGUGAUUUAGCAUCACUUCCUGGUAACUUUUUUGUUGUUGACCCAGUGCAAACUUUUCAUUCAAACUGGUGCUUGAAUGUCCCCCUCUUGCAUUGCAAUCCAAACAAAGCAGUUUGAAAAAAAACUUUUGUUUCCAUAUCAGUAUUGUAUCUUGAGCCAUUUUUGUACAUUUCUAUAUACCUGUAUCACUUCUUAUUGCUGACAGAUAAGAUAUUUUUGUGUCCACUUGAAUUUCUCACUUUUUUUAAGUAAAAUAAACAAAAACACUUAACCUGAACAAUUGUAA